AUGGACAUUAAUUCGUUACUGUCGCCCACCUCUACCGGGCCUGCCACCACGCCGCGCUCUACUUCCCUCGGUCCUGGUACACCUUCAUCCUCUGUUGGUGCCAGUGCGGGUGCAGGUGCGAGUGCGCAGUCGCCUUUGAAGUACAUCCAGCGAACACACUCCGGUCCUUCACCCGCAACGGGGGCGUCCAGAGCUGCUGCCGCUGGCUCACCUCUCACGAGAGAGAUUCUUCCACCCUCAGGCAUCCCUGCUCAUAUUCGAAGCCCGAGUCAGCGGCCCCUCAACUCCUCCCCUCUUAUCUCACCAGUGCCGACCGGCAUGAGCCAGCCGCCAAUGCCGCGCACCUCUUCCACGCACUCCAUGGACACAUUGGCCGACUUGGCUUCGAUGCAAAACCACCAACCCCCGCGAUCGACUCCUCCGACCGGGAAUUCUGGCUCGUCAGACAGUCAACGACCCUCCAUUCCCCAACAACGCCCAUCCUUUGACAUCGCCAUGGUCGAGACUCCAAAACAGCUUUUACGAGGAGAUUUUACCGGCACCUCACUUCCUCUUGAUCGGCAGCAACGUCUCGCAGAACUGGUUGGGGUGAUUCAAGAAACACCGUCCGCCUACGAAACACAUAUUGAGAUAAUCAAACUCUUACACCAAGGGUUCGUGAACCACAUCUAUCCAUCGUCAAGUCCGAAUGCCCGCAACAAUCCCAAUACUUACGAUCUCCUCCCGGAACUGCGCCAAGCGCGAGAGAAUGCGGUCAAGCUGUUCGCAGUUGGAGAGGAGCAGUGGCUAGACUGGCUCCAGGAUGAGAGUAUCCUUGCGCAGUCGGCAGAAGAGCGUGUUGCGGUAAUUGAGCUAUGCAGAAGAGCGGUCGAAGAAGAGUAUGGCAGCGCUCGACUAUGGAACAUCUACGGCGACUGGGUGUUGCAUUGCUAUACUUGGGCACACGAGCCUGCCACAUCUCCUGUUGCUGAAGAAGAGAAGAUGGUUGGCCGCGAGCUUUUCCGCAGUAGUGAUGUGCUAUCUACGUGGGAAGACGCCGUGCGGCAGACUAGGCACGACAUGGCAAUGAGCCAUAUCGUCUGGGACAACUACUUAAAAACCAGCUUUCCAGAUUAUGAGGAAAAGGUUCCAGAGGAGAAGUCUGCUCGAAUCCUGGAUCUCUUCCAGUCCCGGCUUGUCGUUCCUCACGCUCGCUGGGAAUCAUCGUUCCAGGCGUUCUCCAGCUUCGUCUCCGCCAACUGUCCCUCUCACGAAUACGAGCAAAUUAUGGCCAGAACUCUCGAAAACGCGGCUGCGGCAAAAGCCAUCUAUCAAAUUCGAGAGACAUAUGAGAAUGCCCUCGCUCAAGCUGCGGAUGCAGGGGACAAGUACGCAGAGUACCAAUGCUUCACCGAAUAUAUCGCUUGGGAGAAAAGCGAAGAAGAACGACUGGCCAAGAUGAGUAAGAAGCAAAAGAAGCGAGAGCCUAUUCAAGAUCCCGCCGCCAGUGCCCGCAUGAUUAAUGCUUUGUAUCAACGAGCUGAACUACGUUUACCGACUGUGCUGUCCAUCUGGGAAGAGCAUGCGAGUUAUCUAGCCGAGAGGAGAGAACGUGGCGAUAGAGCGGUACUAGAACUGCUGCUUCGAGCUACCAAACACUGCCCGUGGUCAGGCUCGCUUUGGAAAAGACUACUUCUUGCAUCUGAAAUUGCCGAUCUCCCCUUCGCCGAGACGGAGGCUAUACAACAGAAUGCAACCAAGUCCGGCAUGAUCGAUGCUGCUGGUAUUGAAGAAGUCUUGAAGGUUCACGACGCAUGGUGUGGCUACCUACUCCGCCGAACACGGCGACCUGAUGCGACUGAGGAGGAUGCUGAUGUUGCUGAGAUGGGCAUUCGAACAUCUAUCGAGGCUGUCCAAAGUCUUGCAUCUAAACUUGACGGCGAGACCAACGUUGAUGCGUCCUUUCGACUGCAGCGCAAAUACAUCGAAUACCUUAAAGGACAAGGUCGCUUCGACAAUGCUCGCAAAGAAUUCGAAGAUGCCGCACCGGUCUAUGGCAAGUUCUAUCGGUUCUGGCUCCGCUUCUACGAGUUUGAAAUGCAAGCGUCUUUGCACAUCAGCUCGCUUCAGCAGGAUUCACGAGAUGGCGUCACUCUCCACUCCUCUGCUCCCUUUGCAGUUGGCAUUCUGAAGAAGGGACUCGACAACCCGAAGCUCGACUAUCCAGAAUAUUUGAUGGAAGCUCUUGUCAACCACUGCGAAGACUACGAGGAUGCCGAAGAACUACAGUCCGCUCUACUCCUAGUCGAUCGCGUUCAAAAGCGGUUGGCGGAUCGUCGCCAACGAGAGGCCGAGGUGGCAGCUGAGCAGGCCGCGGCCGUGCCCGCUAAAGUCAUAGCCGAUCAGCGUACCGAAGAGGUUGCAAGUGGCCUCCAUAUUGGCAAACGCAAAAGGGAGGAUGCCAUGAACGAGGAUGAAACAAAUAAGCGCGUGAGGAAUGAAGAUGAUCCCACCGAAUCGGUAGAAGAGCCUGUACAUGAGCAGCUCAAGCGAGACCGAGAGCACGCAAUUGUUCUUGUCCAGAAUGUGUCGCCAACUACCACCGAAACUCGAGUCCGCCAGUACUUCAGCAAUUGCGGCCACGUGAUCAGCCUCAAAGCUGUAGCAGACGAGGAGCACAGCUACAUCGUCGAAUUCAAGGAGGCCGAUGAAGCACAAUAUGCCCUCUCACGUAACGAGCAAAACCUCGAUGGCGCUAUUAUUUCCGUGUCACUCAACACUGGCAACACUUUGUACGUGACCAAUUACCCUUCUGCUUUCGCAGAGGCCGAUAUUGAGGAACUCUUUCGCCCCUACGCUGAUACUCUUACGAUUCGCUUUCCUUCCUUACAGGCCAACAAACGCCGACGUUUCUGCUAUGUCGAGCUCAAAACUCCCUCGCAAGCCCGUGCGGCUCUAGAGCUCGACGGUCACAAAAUCGGUGACCUCGCUCUUACCGUCAAAAUCUCCAAUCCCGCCGUCAGGAAGCAACGCGACACAACUGCCAAAUCCGAUGGGCGGACUAUUUUCAUCGGGCAGUUGAACUUCAAGGCCCAGCAGCAAGAUAUUCGUGGAUUCUUUGCGCAGUACGGUGAGAUAGAGCGCGUUCGUGUGCCGCAAGAUCAGGACUCCACGACACGCAACAAAGGCAUCGCAUUCAUCACUUUCUCUGAGAGGGCAUCGGCCGAGGCAGCACUGCAUGCGAACGGGCAGCUCUUCCAGGAGCGACGCAUCAAAGUCAGCAUCGCGAGGGACAAAGACGCUAGGCAUGAAUCUGCUCACCCUCGGAGCGUCGAUGGCCGCUCAACCAGUCCAGCUUCAGCAGCUGGUUCCGGCAACCUGAACGGCGCCAAAAUAUCUUCGCCUGUGCCUCCUUCAGCAGAAGCAAUUGAAGACCGCCGCGCCCGCACCAUUUUCCUAACGGAUGUGCCGGACACAGUCAACGAGGCGCAAAUCCGUGGUGUUGCUGCCAAACAUGGCAACGUGCGCAAGGUAAUACUGAAGACCCAGUUCGCCGGUGCCAUUGUCGAAUUCGAAAGUUCGGGCGACGCUGGCAGGGCAGAGAUCGGGCUGGAGGGACAUGAGUUUGCUAGCGGCAGCAAGAAGAUUAGAGUAGUCAACGAGCGAGAGAUGAAGCAAGGGGUACCCGAGAUCAAGAGCGAUAAGCUUGGUGGAGAGAAGAAGGUGGAUCGAGGAGGGACAGCAGGGGCUAUGAUGGCACCGUCCAGUGUCCGGCGACCUGGAGCUGCUGGUGGCUUCGGUGGGAGGAAAGGCGGAAAUUUGGGAAGGAGAACAGCAUUGGGGCUGGGAUGGAGCGCUUCUCCAGCAACAACAAACCACUCCGCCCAGAGCAAAGACACCUUAAGCAUGAAGAACGGUAAGCAGGACAAUGCUCCUACUCAGGAUGCUGGCACUGGAAAGAGGAGCAACGAUGAUUUUCGGGCAAUGCUUAACAAGACUUGA